CGGAAGCGGAAGCGCGGCUCAGAGAAGAAGGAGAGAGAGAGGAAGGAAGAAGGAGAAGGCGGCCUCGUUGGAAGGGAAGCCCAAGAGUUGGGAAGAGGAACGUGAGGAUGGCUGCCUGCCUCUGACGCGUGUUCUGAGGGGGAUCCUGGGUGUUUGUGCCAUCCCUUUGAUGACUCCGGCUAAACGAUGUCCCACGUCCCUUUGGGAAAAGUCCUGCUGCGCAAUGUCAUCCGACACACCGGCGCGCACAACAAGAUCCAAGAAGAGUCAGAAAUGUGGAAAAUACGGGAGAUGGAGAAGCAAAGCAAAGACAUUUAUUGGGGCAAGCAACCGAGAAUGCUGCCGAAAAGUUCCAGCAACCGGAUGCGCAGCGACGGGUUUGACGAGGAGCAGGGCAACUGCAAGGCAAGGAACCUGGCCUCCAUGUCAGCAGCUGUGGAAGAGGACCUUCGGCACGCCCGAUACUGGAACAAGAAGCUCUACGAAUACGAAGCCAACAUGCCAGACAGAUGGGGACACAGUGGCUAUCGGGAGCUGUAUCCUGAGGAGUUCGAUACAGACAGCAAUGGAGAGCGAAACGAACAGAACUCUGUGAACGGGAAAAGAAAACGUCACCUCGGCCAGCAGUCUUCCCUUGAUUUGCCCCCGAGGAAAAAGCCCAAAAAAUCUCACAAGAAGAAGCAGAAAAAGAAGUCCCACAAAAAGCAGAAGAAGAAGAAGCGGAGACGGGAGCAGCCGAGCACGACGCCGGAGUCUUCCUCGGAGUCUGGACCUUCGGAAGGGGAGGGUGGUGCACAAAAACGGGGCCGUCACAAAAGGACCAAGAAGGCCUCGGCCCAGGCUCCGGGCUCUUUCUCAGGACAAGCGGAGAACGACUCUGGCAAAGCCAGCAGCAGCAGCAGCAACCCCUCCAGCAGCUCAGAGGACAGUGGAAUGGAGGAGAAGCAGAAGCAGCGGAAAAAGAAAAAGAGGCGGAAACACCACUCUUCUGUGUCAGAAAGAGGCAGGGAACGGGUGCAGGAGAAGCGCAGCAAGAGGAAGAACUGGAAAGUGGCAGCGGAUGAAAAUUCAGAGGACAGUUCUGAUGAGGACUAGCAGGGACUAUGCUGAGAGAAUAGGCUUUACCCUAAAUUUGCUUUCCUCUUGGAAACAGUAUGGGUUUGCAUUACAGUCCCAUUUGGGUUUCACAAACCUUGGAAACUUGCAGGGGACACAUUUCACGGGGAUCGGAAAGCAAACCAGGACUGCGAUGUUCCCACUCAGGGCCCAUUUUUUCCCACCCCACGGCAUGGUCUGUUCUGCCACAAGAGGAACCCUUAUACGGUAAAGUUAUGAACAUGGUGCAAAAGGGAACAUGGAAAACUUGGGGUUAACGAAGUCCCCAAAUCUAUUUUUUACUGUUCAGUAGGUACAAUCUAAUUGCAAUAAAUAAUGAAGAAGCAA